AUGGUUGACAGACCUUCGCAGCAACAGAAGCCUAAGGCUCAGCCAAGUAAGAGCGAGCAAAAACUGAUAUCAUGGUUAAAACUAUUCACUAAGAAGCCUAAUGGUCCUUCGCUGGACCAUGAUAAAAGAGCGGAUCUCUUCAAAAAGGCAUUUGACUAUGUGUCCUCCGGGGAAACAAGUAUGAUGCAGCAAGUCAUAAGAAAGCUAGCGUCUGAGGAAGGACUCAAACGUGUACAAGAACUACUCGACCUUGAUAUCUCGGAUAAUGUGGAAGAAACACGCUGCGCGCUUUUUAGUGACAGCGUUCUACCUUUCCUCUCUAUCAUUUCAAAUCGCAAAGUCGGAUCGUCUUUGGUGCUGCAGAAACAUCUAGGCGAUAUCUUCAAUUUUCUGUACGGGGUUCGAGGGGACAGAGCGGCCGAAUGCUUUCUUGCUUUUGCAAAGACUCUCCAGAUCAAGUCCUCCUUGACAAAGGAUGCGGAAUCAUCAAAAGAGAUAUACCACUGGGCUGAUACCAUUCUUGCGACGCUUGCGAAGCUCUUGGAAUCCUGUCAGACGGCAUCGGUCAACGAAAGAUUGCAUCCUGUGGUGGACACUCUCCAGAUUCAUUUAGAUGUAGCACUCGCAUCUUUCUCUGGAACUUUGUUGGAGCAAAGCGCUUGCCAAGCUAUGCUGAAGAUCCGCAGAUACCUAGACUAUGGUGCAAAUCUAGCACCAAUCGAAGAGGACGCAACACCUAGGAAGAGGCCCGAUGUUUCUUUUGGUCUAGCCGUUGUUUUCCCAGGACAUCUUUCAAAAUAUGGACCUCGCCACAAUAAUGACCACGCCAACAUUGCAGACAUCAAAAUUUUACCAACCCAAUCAGAAAUUAUGUGCACAAGUUCAGACUACUUACCUACCAAAGACUCCGAGGGGUGGCACAAGAGCGGGAUAUGUGGUCUGCUGGAUUAUCAAUUCAGGCUUUUGCGCGAAGACAACGUGGGCCAGUUGCGAGAUCAUGUGCGGACAGUGGUGGAGAGAUUAAGAAGUACUAAUGAGGGGGGGCUCAGGACAAGCAAGCCAUCAAACGGCGACUGCGCGCUCGUUAUAGCCCAAUUCGAUCAGCCUAGAGUUUUACUGAAAUCAAGCGAAGCCCAGCGCAAGAAGUGGUGGGAAGAGUCCAGAUCAUUACAGAAAGAUGCUCUUGUCUGUUUGGUGAAUUCUCAGGGACGUACGUUGUUCUUUUCUGUGGCCGCCCCAGAAGAUGGUAGGAAGCGAACAGAGGAGGUGAAGUCGCAACGGAGAGAAAAUUCGGACCUAUGGACAGAUUCGUUGAGGGCUACGGUCACGCUGCGAUUGAUCGAUCUGACAAAUCAAGACAUUUGCUCCGCAUUGUACCCUGAGGCGAGCUUGCAAUUGUUGGUCGAAUUUCCGGGUAUUCUACUACCUUCAUUUCAACCCACUCUUGAGGCACUUCAGCGAAUGAGCGCUGCUAAAGAUAUUGCCUUUCCUUCAAAACUCUGUCCCGAAGCUGCAGUCCGGCCAGAAGACAAGGAAGCGCAAUGGCCGAGGUACACACACCAGCCACGUUUUGCUUUCGAUCUGAAAACUAUACUUCAGGAUCGCGAGUCCUUACUACUUCAGAAAGGAGAGCCAUUCGAUAUUGAGGCUUUGAAGAAGCGUUCGACACUUGACGGGGCUCAAUGUAGGGCUUUGGUUGGAGCCUUGUGCAAAGACUUUGCGCUCAUACAGGGCCCUCCAGGAACAGGAAAGUCUUACGUGGCGGUGCAACUGGUGAAGGUUUUGCUACAGCAUCGAAAGCAAGCAGAAAUGCGACCGAUUAUUAUCAUGUGGGCACCCUUGGCACCCUGGCUUACCGGAUGCUUUACCAACCAUGCUCUAGAUCAAUUUCUGGAGCACCUCGUCGACGAUGGUAUAAAGAAAAUCAUAAGAGUUGGUGGUCAAUCUAAGUCCACCGUCCUAGAACCCCUGAAUUUACGCCACGUAGCUAGCGAGAUGGAGCAAACUAAGACCGAAAAACACGCAGCGUGGGAGCUACACACUAAGCUAGAAACAUAUGGAAACGCCAUUGAGGACCUGUUAUUUCGGCUCCAUGACCCUGGAUCCCUCUCAUCAAUAUUGGAGUUCCUCAAAUCAUCACAUAACAUGCAUUAUGAGCAGUUGAACAGAUCAGAAGACUCAGAAGGCUUUGAGAUUGUCACAAAUCGCUAUGGUAAUGCUCUUGACCAAUGGCUUCACUCUAAGACUCCAGAGCAAAGAUCUGAAGCGACGAAUCGCUCAAUCGCCGAGUUGAAACAGACCCCAUUACACAACAUGAGCCACGAGGAGCGUCGCGAGCUCCAUGCUCAUUGGACAGUUGCCAUUCGCAAGGAAUUGCUUGAGGAGAUUCCCGAUGUCAUUGACCAAUAUGCUGAUGUGGAGCAACAAUUGCGGACGUGUAUUCAAGAGAAAGAUCUGAGAUGUUUGCAACAGGCGCAUGUGAUCGGGCUUACAACGUCGGGGCUUGCUAGAAACAUUGGGCUUUUGAAAAGACUGGAGCCUAAAGUCUUGAUCUGCGAGGAAGCAGGGGAGAUCCUGGAAGCACAUACUCUAACAGCCUUGAUGCCUUCCAUCGAACAUGCAAUAUUCAUUGGUGAUCAUGAACAGCUUCGUCCGAGAUUGGUCAACCACGCAUUCUCGCUCGAACAUCAUCUUGGGAAGCGAUAUUCCUUAGAUGUGUCUUUAUUCGAGCGAAUGAUCACCCUGCCGGAGUCUGAACUCCGGCACGACACCUACAGACUCAGCGGCGCAUGGAUCCUUUGA